UUGUUUUUAAUCAGAAAUGAGGUUUCCAAGAAAUUUAAAAAUAAUUAACCAUUUAGGGUUCAACUCUGUGGAAGUGUUAACGUUUGAAUAAAAAUAGUAAAUGUAUAUAAAUACAUAACGCCACCGAAAAUGUAUUAAAAGAGCAAAACACCUUUGAUUCUGGAAAAACGUUUGCAAAUAUAAACAAAUUGUAAGGAUUCGUUCGUAUUACUUCUUUAAAGGUAACAAAUCGUUAUCGGAUCGGUAUCGUAUAUUAAAAUGUAUUUUUUGUUGAUACUACUUAUGUCAUAUGUGCUAAAAUCUAUUCAAGCAACGGUUCCGGGAGACAUAUAUCCAGAAUUAGUUGAGAUAGAAAUAGGUGGAAGCGCGAAUAUUACAUGUCGUAUGAAUCAAACGUAUUUUCAGGAUAGCAACUCAACUGAUUUAUAUAUUUUCAAUGAUUCUACAAAAAGCAGAGUACCACAAAAAGAUAUUGAAAUAAUAAAUAACACAACAAUAACUUUUAUGAUUCGAGACGCACCAGAACAAUUUUCAAAGUAUAUAUGUAAAUGUGGCAUACACGCUCUUGCGCAAGCAAAUGUCUAUGUAGGCUAUAUUCCAUCGAACCUGCCAGUACAGGAUUUUCGCUGUCUUUCAUACGACUUCGAAUAUAUGAUUUGCAACUUUACUAAGCCAUUCAAUCCUGUUAGCAGUCAAUAUGUACUUACGUAUGUAACACAGUCGCCUGAUUAUAGUUAUGAUACGAUUUGUAACUACGACAAUAAAACUGUAUGUAACAUUACUCGGAUAAACGCAGAAUUCUUCAAUUUUACUUUAAACGCUACGAAUAAUCUCGGGUCCUUCACACAAUAUUUCUAUAUUAACAAUUGGGAUUCUAUGAUACCAUCAAAACCAGGGCAUGAUUACCGUAUAAUAAACAUAACAACUACUUUUUUUGAAGCUACUUGGAAAAUUCCGAAAGGAGAGAAGUAUAAAAAUAAAGGAUUAGAUUGGAAUAUUCAACUGACACCAGAAACCAAAAAUAUUAGUAAAGAUAUACAGAUGAAAUCAAAUACUGAAGUUCACAUUCAACUUUAUGAUUUGCCGUUUGCUUUUUAUAAAUAUGACUUAAAAAUUAGAGUUAAAGUUAAAACUGCGCUAUUAAAAGAAAAAAUGUGGAGUGAACCAUUUUUGCUUAGUUUUAAUACUUCUGCCAGGUUACCUGAUCGGCCUCCUCGAACAAGCAACGGUAGUUUUUAUAUCGAUUCAACAGAAACUUACGUGCGUCUUUAUUGGGAGCUUUUAGGACCAACUGAAUAUAAUGGAGACAAUUUCACCUAUAUUAUAAGUGAAUUUUUAAAUCAUACUCUAAUGCAACACCAGUCAAUACAAUUCGAGAACAAUUCUGCAAAGUUUAGGUUGGAUAAGUAUUCCUCUUACCAUUUCCAAAUAAAAAGUAGUAAUCAUCUAGGUGAGUCGAGAGAAGCAAGCAUUAUUUCAAUAUUCCCGCAGCAGUCCCGGAUUUCUAAAAAUUAUAAACCGCUCUCAAUACAUAAUGUUUACCAUGCUACUAAUCGAACUUAUACCCUUACUUGGUGUUCGCCAAUAAAUACUGAGGGUCUGCUUGGUUACACAGUUUACUGGUGCAAUUCAAAAAGAGCACUUCAGAAUGAAUGCAAUGAGUCAAUUCAUUUUGAGGAUUUUGGUCCGAAUGUUAAAACUUUUACAAGUAAGUCUCAGGAACAUACACUUAAUUUAGCAGUCUCUGCAAACUUUGUGGGUUUCAAUACGGGUAUGCAUUGGUCACCAUGCACGAUGGAUGAAAAUAGUGAUCUAAUAAAAAUGGAUCCAAGUGCGCAGCAAAUAUCUGCUUCUGCUAUUACAAUACAAUGGAGUUCAGAAAGUAUUUGUGUCUCUAUACUUGAUGGUUACAAUGUUACUUAUUGUGAAGUAGAAUUUAAAAAUAAAAGUUGCUCAAAUUUACCUACUUAUAUAAUUGUGGACAAAAAUUUGAAAAAACUUACAAUAUCUUAUUUGAAGCCUUAUACAAUUUAUAAAAUUCAAAUGAGAAUGUAUUCUCAUGUUAAUGAGGGUAAAAUGAGUGAUCCAAUAUAUCUCCAAACUCUCGAGUGCGCUCCAUCACCUCCACGUCAACUGCAGGUGUCGAACAUUACUAAUUCAAGCGCUUUGUUAAAAUGGUUGCCUCCUAGUCAGCCUAACGGGCCGAUUCGAAAUUAUAUUGCUACUGUGAAUGGUGAAAGAUAUCAUAUUCCAAAUGAAGAUUUUUAUAAUUCCUCAAACCAAAUUAUCUAUAAAGUAGAAAAUUUAUACGCGUACACAGCAUAUAAGGUUUAUGUGACAGCAGAAAAUAGUGUUACCUCAGAUACAAGCAACGAUAUUCACUUUACAACAUUAAUUAGUUAUCCAUCGCUACCUGGUAGUGCAGUUCCUGUAGGUGGUGAUAACAACAAUACUGUAAUACAAUGGGCCGAACCUGUAUUACCAGGUGGUCCUUUAAGUUUUUACGAAGUAGCGGUUACUCAAACACGGAACACUGAUGUGUUAGCAAGAAGGAUAAGUGUUAUCGAAGGACUCAAUUGUAGUUUAAAAAUACCUGCAUGUAUCGAUCAUGAAUAUAAAACAACUUUAGAAGUUCGAGCAGUAAAUGCUGUAGAUAUAAACGAUAUUUCACAAGACGAAAAAAAGUCUUCUUUUUCAGACGAUGUAGUUAUAAACGAUUAUUAUGAAACAAAUGAACUGAUAUGCUCAAAUGGUAAAGAACCUAUUACAAAAUACCAAAACAGUUCUUUAUAUUACCUUUAUAAAUCUGAAUGGGUAAAAGGUACUACAUAUGGUUGCCCCACAAAUCGGCUUAGUAAAAUAACCAAAAUUGCACUUUGUGUUAUUGUUUUGUCUUUAGGUGUAAUGAUGACUCUUUAUAUAGCACGAAAACAAUACAACAAAAUGGCGAAUAUAAAUUGCACGCUACCUUCGGAUUUUAUAGAUUUCGAAGUUCCUAAAGAUAAUAAUGAAGUUUUUACGACCGAAAUACUUAAAAUAAAGAAAGAUACUCAGAUUGUUAAAAUGAAUACAAAGAAAGAAUUUGGUUAUUCAAAUGAAAAUCAUCAUUUGCUUUCCGCUGUUAAUAAUGAAUUUGGUUAUCAUGCUGAGCCACAUACAUUCAGAAGUCAAAAUAUUAAAACCACAUCUGUUAAUGAUAUUAGUAGCAUAACAGCGAAUUCAGUGAUUUACGAACGUACACAUUCUAAUGGGUCUUCUAGCUCGUUAGCUGAAAGCAGUUGUAGCAACAUAUCAAAUACGUUUCAAAGCAACAUCAAUGGCAAAAGCAAUUACAAUGUUAUUGAAGUAGUUGGCCUAAAUAUGGAAAUAUUACAAAAAGUUGGAGUCAACAUCAGACCUGAAAGUGUCGUAAAUUUGCAAGAGCAUAAUAGCGAAAAUAAUAAUGACUGUAAGGGAUUUAAAAAAUCAAAAUGUGAUAAUGGUUAUGUUUCUGUAAAUAACAUAAUUCAAACAAAUCAAUCAUCCACAUCAGACGAAUAUGUACCUUCAUCGAUUUUGAUAGAAAAUACUAAUCAAGCAUUACAAGAUAUUGAUCAUUACAGCCCAAAGAUGGUAACUGCGCCUAUUAAUGCAAGUGGAUAUAUACAGCAUAAUGAGUUAUUUAAAGAAAUAUUUGAAUUGUCUCCUCAAUUAAGUUUGAAUGAUGAUUACACAACAAUAGAAGACUUAAAUAAAUUUAAUUCCACUAGUAAUGAUUUGUUCAGCUCUGGUAAAAUAUCCGGUUAUGUGAAACAACGUGACUUCACUGCUUAUGGCCAACAGCAAUCUAUUUAAAAAUUUAUUCGAUAAAUCAAACGAUCACAGAUGUCUAGCAGUUAAAUUUAUUACAAUAUAAUAUUGAAGUAGAUUUUCUGCUUGUUAAGUAAUAUCUAGUUAAAACCCCAGAACGAAUAAAUAUAGACUUGCAAUUUAUUGAUUUUAUAAUAUUUUAUAUUACGAUUUUUUAAUAUAUUAGUUAAGUAUAAUUAUAGUACUAACAGUACACAAAUGGUAAAUUUUAUAAAUACAGUUCAAUCUAUCAGAAAAUGGAUAAAUGUAUUAUUUAAUAUGUCUAUAUAAAUUUUAGUUGUACUUGAGAACAUAUUAUAAUAAGGAAAACAAAUAACAUAAAAAUUCAUAAGACUUGAAACUAAUACAUUCAAAUUAACAAGAACAAAAUUUCUACUACACUGGCCAUUCAUGUUAAAAUUGUAAAAUAAGUAUUAUAUAUCUAA